AAAAAAGUGAAAUUAUUUUGCAAAGUUUGAUGUCUGACUGAGUUAGUGAUCUCGGCAAAUCCUCUUUUAUUAUUGGAGAGGAGAAAGAGGAGUGACGAGGUGGUUUGAUAUUUGGCGGCUGUGGCUGCAUAUUACGUUCCAAGUUACCAAGUUUCAGAGUGUCGAAACCUUCAAGUUUCACACUUCAAUGGAGGGUCUCUCUCCUAUUGAUUCUCACUACCCUGAUGUGAUCUCUGCUCUCCUCGCUCCUCCUUCAUCUCUCCAAGCUCAGGAGUAUUUCGACGAGCUUAUAUCUAAGAGGCAGAACCCCGGUAUCAAAGUGAAACAAAAUGGAGAAUUUGGCAAAGGUGUGUGUGCUGAGACGGAAUUCAAAGAAGGGGAGCUUAUAUUGAAGGACCAAAUGCUUGUGGGUGCUCAACAUUCCUCGAAUAAGAUGGAUUGUUUGGUGUGUAGCUUCUGCUUUCGUUUUAUUGGCUCAAUUGAACUUCAAAUUGGAAGAAAGCUUUAUUUGCAAGAGUUAGGAGUUUCAGAAAACCACAAUGAAUGUGAUAUGGAGGACGUGUCUUCAGAUGGAGAAGACUAUUCUUAUGAGGAGAAUGGUGAAGAUUCAGGAGCAUGUUCUUCUAGCAAUUUCAGAAAAAAAGUUGAACUUCCUAAAGGGGUUGUGGAAUCUCUCAUGAAUGGUAAUUUGAAAUUGCCUUAUUCUGAUAAAUUCCCAUUGCCUCCAAUUGUUCCUUGUAUUGGGGGUUGUGGGGAGGCUCAUUACUGCAGCAAGUUAUGUGCUCAGGCUGACUGGGAAUCAUAUCAUUCCUUGCUUUGCACUGGUGAGAAAUCAGAAUCAGUAUCGAAAGAGGCACUUGUAGAAUUUAUACAGCAUGCUAAUGAAACAAAUGAUAUAUUCAUCCUUGCUGCAAAGGCAAUUUCUUAUACUAUAUUAAGGUAUAGGAAGUUGAAAGCGACUUGUCUUGAAGAAGGAAGGAAAAAUAAAAAUGUUUCCGGGUGCACUGUUCCAGCUGCACUCUCUGAGGCAUGGAAGCCAAUAUCGAUGGGACACAAGAGAAGGUGGUGGGACUGCAUUGCAUUGCCAAUUGAUGUUGAAUCUUCUGAUGAAGAUGCAUUUAGGUUGCAAAUAAGAAGCCUCGCAUCCACGUCGCUUGAGCUUCUAAAGGCAGCCAUCUUUGACAAUGAUUGUGAACCAUUAUUCUCUCUUGAAAUUUAUGGGCACAUAAUUGGCAUGUUUGAGUUGAAUAAUCUUGAUUUGGUUGUAGCAUCUCCAGUUGAAGAUUAUUUUUUGUACAUAGAUGAUCUACCAUCUUCCAAAAAGAAAGAAACUGAAGAAUUUACACGACCUAUUUUGGAAGCUCUUGGUGAUGACUAUUCAGUUUGUUGCCAGGGCACUGCAUUCUUUCCCUUGCAGAGUUGUAUGAAUCACUCUUGUUGUCCAAACGCAAAAGCUUUUAAAAGAGACGCGGAUAGAGAUGGCCAAGCAACAAUACUUGCAUUAAAACCUAUUUGCAAGGGAGAAGAGAUUACUAUCUCAUAUGUAGAUGAAGAGCUGCCUUUUGAAGAGAGACAGGCAUUACUUGCAGACUAUGGUUUCAGAUGUAGGUGCCCCAAAUGUUUAGCAGAAGAACCAUAAGCUAACAUUCAGUGAAACGUUCUUGAUAGAUGCUUAGACAGUACAAAGAGUCAGAUUAUGAAUCCUCAAAGGGCUCCCUUUGUACUAGUUCAAUUGUUCAAGAGGAACGGUUAUGAAGAACUUAAAUGACAAGUUGUAAAACAUAAGUCUAGAACGCUUUCUUUAUUAUUGUUUAUUUCACCAUUUUUUAUUUAAGUUUUGACCAUUGGUGAGAAAAUGACAGGCGUAAAAGGCCCCGAGUGAGUAGUUAGAGAUAUGGAAAGAGUUCUUGAACCCUGAAUUAAUUGCAUCACUAGUUUUUGCAUUA